AUGAAGUUCAUUACUCUUGCGUCUUUGGCAAUGGCCACUGUAGCUGUCGGCCAGAGUCUCGCUGAUCUGCCCAGCUGCGCCCUUCCCUGCCUCAAUGACGCAGUGAAGCAAAGCACAACCUGCUCCGCGACCGACGUGGCUUGCAUUUGCAAGAAGUUUGACGCUAUUCAGGGUGCUGCUGCCGGAUGUAUUCUGAAGGCCUGUGGCCAAGAUGUUGCUCUCAACAAGGUCCUUCCCGCAACUCAAAAGCUUUGCGCAAACGCCGGCAGUGGUAGCGGCACCGGCAAGCCUGAGCCUACUACAGCUCAACAACCAACUUCAACUGGCACUGUCGCGCCUGUCCCUGAGCCUACUGAAGAGCCCACGCCUACAACCGGCUCCCCAACCUCGCCUCCCGUUGUCACAGCUGGAGCCGCCGCUUUCGCCCCUAUGGGCGGCCUCGCCAUGUUGGCGGCUGCCGUUCUGGCAUUGUAA